GCGAUCGUGUGCAGAAGCCGAUCGCGCGUGUUGUGUACCCAAGGCCUUGAUCCGCUUUCUUUGGGGCGUUGCGGACCGUAGACUGCGUAAGACUUGCGAAGCUGAGCAUCGUAGUGGUAGUGUGCCGUCGUCGUCCCUCUGUCGAGUUGUCCAUCGAUCAAGAGUUCCGCCUUUCCCGUUGACGGAUCGAAGGCGUUCGUUUUGUUUUCUGGACCGGGAAGUGUCCCGCGGGUCAUGUGGCCGGAAGUCGUGACAACUGGAUCCAGUUCUACGCCAAAGCUGGGUGAAAUGUGAAAAGAAACGCAAGCGAGAGCAAAGUGAGAGUUUGAAGUCACCAACACCACGAAACGUUGUACGCUGCGCUGGACAGACGAACGCAGACCACAGAUUGUGAAGCUAAGGAACGAGGUCCGAAGCAGGAAAUCGGCCGAAUCCCGCACCCGGGUUGGCCAGCAUUGAAAUGUCGCAGAAUGUGCGGAGGCAAAUUUGGCUUGUAUGUGCAAUACUUGCACUGGACGCAGUAGUUUCCCAAAAGCCCGAGGAUGGUCCGUACCGGGGCAAAUACAUCGGCAAGUUCAACUCGUACCACCACCAGGCCUCGGGUGACGUGUACGCCGUUGACGAGUACACCUUCCUGCUGACCGGGUUCAACUACGACGGCAACGGUGUGGACACCUUUUUCUGGUCCGGCGCCAGCAAUCGGCCCGGGCCGCAAGGCUUCAUCGUGCCGGACGAGUUUGGAAAGACAAACAUCCUGGAGCGGUAUUUCAACAAGGACUUUACGCUGCGUCUGCCGGACAACAAGAAAAUCACCGAGGUCAAGUGGCUGGCGAUCUACGACCUGAACUCGCAGAACAACUUUGCCGACGUGUACAUUCCGGAGGACUUUGAACCACCGGUGCCGCAGAAGGGCGCUAGCUUGUCGCGGAACAACCAAGGCGUCGGCAGUGAGGGGAUUGACAUUCUGGACUCGAAGACUAUCCGGAUUCAGGAGUUUAGCUACAAUGGGAAGGGUUCGCAGGUGCACUUUUGGGUCGGCGUUGGACCGUCGCCGUCCUCGAAGGGCAGCAAGGUGCCGGACGAGAUGGGAUAUUUGGAUCCAAUUCGAGCGUACGACAAGGAAACGAUUACGCUGGAGCUGCCCGGAGAUAUGACCAUUUUCGAUAUCGAUUGGUUCUCGGUGUACGAUGUUCAGACGAAGGAAGACUUGGGUUCGAUUUUGAUCUCGGACGACCUGAACGUUCCUCCGUCGCUGGUAAAGGUGACCCAGCACGCCGACUCGCUGCCCAACUGCCGGCAGCUGCACAAGGACUACCGGAUGUCGUGGGAGGUGUUUGGACCGCAGAUCACUAUUCAGCUGGCGGGAAAUGUCCACGAGGAUGAGUACAUGGCGUUUGGGUUGAGCGGAUCGGACAGCAAGAGUCAGAUGCAGAACGCGGACGUAGUGGUCACGUACAUCGAAGGUCAUCAGGGAUACGCCGUGGACUAUGACGUAAGCUCGUUGGCACCGUGCGUCCAAGUCUUGGGCGAGAACAAGGGCGUUUGUAGGGACGAUGUCGUUGGAGGACAGGACAGCUUCCAGUUGCACACGUUCAGCCGUGAGAACGGGAUAAACACCAUCACGUUCCGCCGAAUGCUCAUUUCACCGGACAAAAACGACAAAGAGUUCCUGCUUGAUCGUUCAAUGUACAUCAUCUGGGCAAUCGGACGUCUGGACUCCAACAACGAACCAACGUAUCACGAUAUCUACCCCAAGCGGGACAUUAUGAUCGCGUUCAACACGUCCGAGCCGGUCAACGAUUGCUUCAGCUUUACGCGCAGUGAGGCCAACUUGAAGGACGUCUGGGAAAAGUCACAGAUCUUCGAUCGGUCCAUUCGAUCGUUUUCAGCAACACUCGGACCGGCUGGUGGUAAACGCGGCUACCAGGGCAUCACGGGACACGUCUCCAACGGAUUGGCAUGGUACAUCAACGGCUUGCUUGUUCCGGAACUAUGGUUGCGACGUGGCCUCACCUACUCGUUCAAGGUUCGUGGAGGAAACAAUCCACAUUCCCCGGAAUUCUACCACCCAUUUGUUAUCACCGAUGAACCUCGCGGCGGUUUCGAUCGUCUGUCGGACGCCAAGCAGAGCGAAAUUCGAGUGCUCGCCGGAGUUGAGUUCACCCGUCGAGGUCGUCCAAAACCCACGGCCGCUGGUCCCCUCUGCCUGGCACGCCACCCCGAUAACCAGGACCGCCGGCUGGACGACAACUUUGCCACGUUCAAAAAGUUCAACCGGACGCUCAAGUGGAGCUGCGAGUCGGGCGAUCCGGCCACCCUGGAGAUAACGCCCAACUCGAGCUGGCCGGAUGUGGUGUACUAUAACAGCUUCACCCACGCGAACAUGGGCUGGAAAAUUCACAUCGUGGAUAGUUACAGCGCGUCGGCCCGCAGUGGGGUGGCGAGCAUUUUAAGACUGGAUGCCGCGUUGGUGACGGCGACGAUCCUGAUGUCACUGCUCGGUGGAUUAGUCUCAGGGGUGUGGAGUAGUGCGAGAAGGUUGUGAUUCGUUACGUGGGUUCGUUGUUCUUACUAUAGAUCAUAGAUACAAGAGACUUUAAAUUGAGAUAUUAAAGAUAAAUAAUGGA